CCUAGCCUAGUGGUAAAGGAUCGAUCCCCGUCAGUCAGGCGCGCACCCACCCCUGGCUACGCCACUGCUUUAAUUAAACAGGCCUAGACCAAAACAAACAUGGGCGUCCGUAUGCAGAGAUUUGUUCGAAUGUGUGGGGAAUACAUGUUGGUGCAUAAUUAGAAAUACCAUAUAAUACUAGUAGGACUUGCCUCGGUGGUGUCGUGGGUAACCCAUCAUAGAUAAAGCUGGUAGGUACAGGGUUCGCAGCUCUGUGCCGGCUCCAACCCACAGCGAGUAGGCCCCGUAUCCAUAGAGUGUUCUCUUGUGGCGUGUUCCCUUGUUCCUUGUUCCCUUGUACCCUUGUGACGCGCCACACAGACAAUGAACCUUUGUUUUCCUCAGUGGCCAUUCCCAUAGGUUGAACCCAGGGAACACGUGGCCUUGUGCACAGCAUGUGUGACCUACUGACCAGGAACAUAGGGAAUGCACAUGCUCAUUCUUUUUCAUACAGCACGAGAGUGAAUAAGACAUUUUUGCUAUUAUCAGUAUGAGUGAAGGUGAUUUAAUUGAGGAGGUGAGGGGAUAUGAGCUGUUGUAGGAUCCCAAAAAUAAACAUUACCAUGACAAACACCAGUGAGAGCUCGUAUGGAGUGUCAUUCAAAAGAAAUUUGGCCCAACAACAGUCUUUUUCAGAGUUCAGCGUGCAGAACGUGUGGACAAAAUUGAGACAGGCGCACUCGAAGGCACUUCUCCGGCAGAAGAAACUUCCCUCUGGCACUGGAACAUCCAAUCGGACAUCAUGGAAGCAUAUAGAUGCCAUGCCAUUUCUUAUUCCAACCAAGGUGCCAAGAAAUACGGCCAGCAACUGUUCAGAUGACGACGAAGGUGGUUAUAAUGAUGACGAUGGAAUUGAAAACCAAAAUGAAGACGAAAGCCAGGAUGGAGAAACAGCAUCGCAGGCGGAUAACAAUUUGGACGAGAUAUUUCCAGAACUGAUUAAACCGCCAGCCAAAAGAGUGAACAAAAGUAUUACCAAUCCGAAGAAACACUCAAGACAUGAUAGAGCCGAUGAUACCGCCAUUAGCAUCAGUGAAGCUGCCAAGAGCAUCACACAGUGAUUCAAUGCAUCCCCUCCAGUUGAAUCGCACCGCUUGGGAUUCUUUCGCUCGAUCCUUCCUGAAGUUGAUAAACUUUCUUCAUCGGAUUUCCUCACUUUUCAAAUGAGUGUGGUGAAGGCCCUCUCCGAGCUUACGGUGCAUACACCUCGUCCCCAUCAAUAUCAUCACCAGUUUGGUUAUACAUCAUCAGCCUCAGGGAUAAGUCCGUAUCAGUCAUCGGAGUUCAGCAGUACUUUAUCUACCCCCACACCACCACCUGCCUCGCAAGCGUAUCAUUUCAUACCGAUCGGCACAUCCUACUCUGAAAAUCAGAACUAACAUGAACAAUUCUUACCUUAGUAUUAAAAUCAGUUUUUCUUCAGCUGUGAUGGAUUUGCGCCAGUUGGAUCCGGCAGAUUGAAAUCUGGGUAGAACAAGGCCCUUGAAUUCAUUGUAGGAUGCAGUACUCAUACGAGUAUAGUUGAAGAAGAGAUCUUCAUCACCACACUGUUUCAAGGCCUGGAAAGUUCUGUAAAAUUCACCUUUUUCUUCCCGCAUUCUAUAAAAUAGCCGAAUCCAGUACUGUGGGCGUUGCCUAAACACAUAUUGUUUUCUGAGAUGAGCAGCAGCGAGGAAAACAAAUGCAAUGGCAGCAUCCUCCUCAUCUUCAGUUUUUCUGUUCAUCCUUUCGUUAUUAAAAUAUUUUUUGCAUUAAAUAUUUUUGUUAUUUC